AAUUUGGCUGCCUGGCUAUUAUAGUCUGUAUUCUUGUAUUUGUUUUAAUUUUUAGGAGGCUGAUGGAACUUUGGAUUGUAUCAGCAUGGCCCUGACUUGCACCUUUAACAGGUGGGGCACACUGCUUGCAGUUGGCUGUAAUGAUGGCCGAAUUGUCAUCUGGGAUUUCUUGACAAGAGGCAUUGCUAAAAUAAUUAGUGCACACAUCCAUCCAGUCUGUUCUUUAUGCUGGAGUCGAGAUGGUCAUAAGCUCGUGAGUGCUUCCACUGAUAACAUAGUGUCACAGUGGGACGUUCUUUCAGGCGACUGUGACCAGAGGUUUCGAUUCCCUUCACCCAUCUUAAAAGUCCAGUAUCAUCCACGAGAUCAGAACAAGGUUCUCGUGUGUCCCAUGAAAUCUGCUCCUGUCAUGUUGACCCUUUCAGAUUCCAAACAUGUUGUUCUGCCGGUAGACGAUGACUCCGAUUUGAACGUGGUGGCAUCUUUUGAUAGGCGAGGGGAAUAUAUUUAUACGGGAAAUGCAAAAGGCAAGAUUUUGGUCCUAAAAACAGAUUCUCAGGAUCUUGUUGCUUCCUUCAGAGUAACAACUGGAACAAGCAAUACCACGGCCAUCAAAUCAAUUGAAUUUGCCCGGAAAGGGAGUUGCUUUUUAAUUAACACGGCAGAUCGAAUAAUCAGAGUUUAUGAUGGCAGAGAAAUCUUAACCUGCGGAAGAGAUGGAGAGCCUGAACCCAUGCAGAAAUUGCAGGACCUGGUGAAUAGGACCCCGUGGAAGAAAUGUUGUUUCUCUGGGGAUGGGGAAUACAUCGUGGCAGGUUCUGCCCGGCAGCAUGCCCUGUACAUCUGGGAGAAGAGCAUUGGUAACCUGGUGAAGAUUCUCCAUGGGACGAGAGGAGAACUCCUCUUGGAUGUAGCUUGGCAUCCUGUUCGACCCAUCAUAGCAUCCAUUUCUAGUGGAGUGGUAUCUAUCUGGGCACAAAAUCAAGUGGAAAACUGGAGUGCAUUCGCACCAGAUUUCAAGGAAUUGGAUGAAAAUGUAGAAUAUGAGGAAAGGGAAUCAGAGUUUGAUAUUGAAGAUGAAGAUAAGAGUGAGCCUGAGCAGACAGGGGCUGAUGCUGCAGAAGAUGAGGAGGUGGAUGUCACCAGUGUGGACCCCAUUGCUGCCUUCUGUAGCAGUGAUGAAGAGCUGGAAGAUUCAAAGGCUCUAUUGUAUUUACCCAUUGCCCCUGAGGUAGAAGACCCAGAAGAAAAUCCUUAUGGCCCCCCACCGGAUGCAGUCCAAACCUCCUUGAUGGACGAAGGGGGUAGUUCAGAGAAGAAGAGGCAGUCUUCAGCAGAUGGGUCCCAGCCACCUAAGAAGAAACCCAAAACAACCAAUAUAGAACUUCAAGGAGUACCAAAUGAUGAAGUCCAUCCACUACUGGGUGUGAAGGGGGAUGGCAAAUCCAAGAAGAAGCAAGCAGGCCGGCCUAAAGGAUCAAAAGGUAAAGAGAAAGAUUCUCCAUUUAAACCGAAACUCUACAAAGGGGACAGAGGUUUACCUCUGGAAGGAUCAGCGAAGGGUAAAGUGCAGGCGGAACUCAGCCAGCCCUUGACAGCAGGAGGAGCAAUCUCAGAAUUGUUAUGAAGACCCUUGAAGUUCUUCGUUCUUCCCCACUUUGCCAUCAUGUGGCCUCUGGACACUGUGGUCAGUCAUUUGAGAUUGACUUUAAUUUAAAACAAAGGCCUCUGCCUCCCACCCAGGAGGUGGGAGGAGUGAGUUUUAUGUUUGAAUGAAGAAGCGAAUUAUGGAAGAAGAGUAUAUGUCCCUUACCUUCCUUUUCAAGCGUAAGUCCAAAUAGGCUCUCAGGAAUGAGGAUUGUGAAGACAUCAGAUAGGAGCUUUGACUCAUUUAAACUUUGAUGCUUAGUUACAUUGCUGGAGAAAAAAUACCUAUGUUUUGCUCAUAUAAUGUUAUUGUACCCAGCAUCAUUAUGGCUGUCAUUUCCUGUCUCCUGUUAGCCUUCCAUCCUCAGUGCAUGUCCUCGAGUGACUUGUUCUUAUCUGAAAUUUUGCUACCAGUAUCCUAGGGAAACUUCUGUUGCUAAUUCUCUUUCUUUCAUUUUUUAAACUUACCUUCCCCCCAGAUAUCUCCUAUAUUUCCAUAUUGUGUACCAAGGAUGGGCAGGAAAGAACGUGCUUGAAAAAUUUCAAAUUUUCAGGAAUGGAAGAAAGAUAAGGCCCCCCUUUUCCUACCGUACUACAUUUUGCUCAAGAAGCUGGGCUGUAAGAGAUUCAAGGUUUUUCCUUGUUUUCCUUUCAUUGCAUGUUCCCCUCCAGUGUUGGUUCAUUGUCAUUAAUCAUGGUUUUGAAGAUAGCUAGUUUUAUCCAUCUCCAGCAAAGAAUCACCAACAGUUUGUAUCGCUUUGUGUGUGCUGGCUUCCAGAGAUGGAAACAAACCAUGGUGUCACUCAACAAGCUUCUUUUUUAUUGGGAUGGGGGAAUCUAUGCAAGGACUAGGGUAAAACCAUCCAAAAUCAAAGCAGCAACAAUACAGUUCAAAUCAAAGAUCAAGGUGAAAUUUUUUUUUAACAUUGCCUGUGGAAAUCUGUCCCCAUCAGUCCCUUCCUGUAUCUAUGCUCCUUUUUCUAUGUUUCAGUCACUUCCUUUCUGUGAAAGGUUGCUAGCUUUUUUGCCCUUUUUUUUUGCUUUUGUUGUUCUAUAGAUAGAAAGAUUGGAUAGAUGUGUACAUUAGGUGUUUGA